AUGUAAGAAUGUUAUGUAACCCCCCUUAUUUGCAGCAGCCAUUGGAAAGCCCUGUGUCUUACCACACAUACAGUAGUGCAACGCCCCGAGAUUGUCCACUGAACUGACUUGUAUGGAGAAUCAGCCUCUGCCUGUCAUUCUACCACCGUGAAGAAGAGGGAGGGCACUCCUGGUUUAGUCUUCCCACUCCCCCAUCUAAACACUGCAGACAAAUUCUGGCUUUACCCUGUGCAGAAAGACGUGAGCAGCGGGCACAGGUGGGACAUCUCUUCCACGGGGACAUUUUUACACAGAAGGGUGCCUCUCUGAGUGGCUGGGGUCUGAGAAGACUCAGCAUGGCAGUUGCAUCAGCACAAUGGCUAAGGAAGAGAUGGGUAAGACAGUAAAGAGCACCAGGGCCAGCUGCAGGUUGGGCAGUGAGAAGCCCAGCAAUGGCAGCUCUUGUUCUUGAGCCAGUAUGUGUGUACUCCAGCUUGUGACAAGCAAGCUCAGGAGGAGGGUCAGAAUCCCUGGGUUCAGCAGAACAGGGGAGCGGGAACCAGAGUGGGCCUCAAGGAGGGCUGAGAGUACUGGAGAGAGCUGCUGCAUCUGGGAGUGGAUCCAGACAUGAGGUGCUGGCCCUCCACCAUGAGAGUUAUGACCCCUGAACCAUCUGAGAUCCUGAUUUCCUUCCAGGCUCAUUCUGUGAGGGUCACAAAGUUGACUGGACCUGAAUGUUGCGCUUCACAGAUGAGCUACUUGAUUCUGUGGUUUAUGAUUAUCAAACAUCCAGCUUCCAACCAAUGAGGUUUCUACCAAGUCUGCUACUUUAAUAAAGGGUUGAUCACAGAUUAGCUUGACUAUCAGUCACAAGCAUGGCACUAAGGCUGAACUAGACCCUUAGCUCUGAGCAACCAGGAUCACAGGGAAACAUACAGUCAGAGCUGUGUCUUUGGCCUUUGAGAUCUGACAUCCAGAAGUCUCCCAUGGCUCUUUAUCACAUCCGCAAAUACCAGGACAACGACCACGAGAGCGUGGUGGACUUGUUCUCCAGAGGCAUGGAGGAGCACAUCCCCGCCACCUUCUGCCACAUGCUGAUGCUGCCCCGAACCCUUCUGCUCUUACUUGGGGUCCCUCUUACUCUAUUCUUGGCCUCAGGCUCCUGGUUUCUGGUUCUUCUGUCCAGCCUUUCCCUCUUUGUUUCCCUGUGGCUCCUUGCAAAAUACACGUGGGAAAAGUAUAUGGUCACAUGUUUGCACACAGACAUGGCUGACAUCACUACGACCUACCUGAGUUCUCAUGACUCCUGCUUCUGGGUGGCCGAGUCUGGAGGUCAGAUAGUGGGCAUGGUGGCUGCCCGGCCAGUGGAAGAUCCUCUCCUGCCAAAGAAGCAGCUGCGGCUAUAUCACCUCUCUGUGUCCUCGGAGCACCGCAGACAGGGGAUAGGGAAAGCUAUGGUCAGGACUGUCCUCCAAUUUGCGGAAGCACAGGGCUUCAGUGAAGUGGUCCUUACCACCAGCAUGCUGCAGUACGCAGCCCUGGCUCUCUAUCAGGGCAUGGCCUUCCAGAAGACUGGUGAGUCCUUCUUCACUAAUGUCUCAAGACUAAGAAAAUCUCCAAUGAUACACUUCAAGUAUAGCCUCACCUCUGCUCUGGAAGGGGGCCUGUGAGCCCUCUCUUGUGUACAGCAGGCAUGAUCUGAUUGCUUCUGUAGUGGUGACAAGCAAACCCAGCCACUUCAGGGGCAAAACACUAACCGUUAGGAUUUUGGAACAAAAUCUGCUUUUGGGUUGCCUAACAACUUAUGUCAUCAUGUGUCUCCUGCCAGGUGGCCACACCUGGAAAGCGUGGUUACCUUGUUCCUUAAAGAGACCAGCUGGCCAUGUGGUCUCACUCUUGGUCCUCUCUUCUCUUGCUCUCUUGGUUCCUUUUUCUAUCGGGGCACCCCCCUCUUUCUCCCCAUUAUGUCCUGCUCGCCCUUCCCACCUAAUGAACCUCUUUCAUAUAUAAGAUCUGUCAUACACCUAAUCGUCUUUAUUUACUUAGCUUGUCCCAUAACCUUACACUAACCCUCACUCUCAAGAACACCUCAGUAAAUCUGUGUGUGUGUGUGUGGUGGGAGGGUGUCAGUGGCUGCUCUCUGUUAUCCAUCUGGGGUGUCCUUUACCUAACACCAAUGUAAUGUAUAAAAGCAACACAAAGUAAAAAAAAAUUUCAUUUA